UUCUUUUUUUUUUUUUCUUUUUUUUUUCUCUUUUUCUUUUUUAAUAAUGGGUCACCACCAUAAAGCAGCUUCUUGUUCUGCUAUACCUUCAUUCCAAUCAUUCACUUCAGUUUCAACCACUUCAACUCAAACUCCAAGCCUAAAUCUAUUUGAUCAAGAGCCUGUUUUGAAAAGAUCCAUUCCACCUUCAUUGACUAAAAGCGCAAGUCAACAAUCAACUAAUUCCGAACAAACAAAUUUCCCUUUACCCUCGUUCUGUCUGUAUUCCAAACGAGCUUUAAUUAAUGAAUAUGCUCCCGAAUCUGAUAUUAUCCAGUUUCUAUCACCCAUUUCGAACUUGUUGGAAGAACGUUUACCCAUGUUUGUGGGCGUACUGCAAUCCUUAUUUACCGUAGUGAGUGAUUUGCCAUUUGUCACUGAAGAUAUAGAUAGCGACAUCGAAACAGAUACGGAUGACGAUGACGAUGCCGAUUCCGAUCCAACGGACGAUGCACCAUUCACUAUUAUUGGUCUGAAUUCAAUGAAAUUAGUCAUUUGGAAUAAUAUGUACGAUAAUAUCAUCGACACGGACAUUUAUGAAAAAGACUUGUGCCUGGUUGUCAUGGUUUCCUCUCAAGUGACGGAUGAUCAAAUACUAGACAACAUGAACUUACUGAGAAAAUCUGUCACGUCUGCCACCCUCACUGCAAAUCAAAUAGGAGAGCAACUAAUUCCUUUGAUUGAGUCUUGGUUUUCCUUUGAUUGAGUCUUGAUUCGACUUAGCUUAUGGGAGGGGACUGAAGAGCCAAUAAAAACUUAAAUUUUUUGAAAAACUAGCAUAUAUGUAGAUUUGCUUCAAAUAGUGUAAGCGGCCCCUAAAUAGUUGUCCAGUCAGUCAGAUUUGGGUUGCGAGUUGUGUACGAAGUAUACAUUGACAGCAAUCUACAAUAAAUAAUCAUUGAAUAAAGACAUACAGUAUGAGAUUAAAUU